ACUGAGUUUCAAAGAAGCACGUGGUGUCCUUUCAAGGAAAAUCGUAUCAACUUGUGAACAUCAGUCGCCAGGACGACACCUGAGCUCGCAUUAUUGGUUUGUUGAACCCUGUGGAAAUGCCAUCGAGACGGGAAGGCGUUGCCCAGGGUGGUUCCGGAAACGGGCAGAAGCGGAAGAACAGGCGAAAGGACACCAGUUACAAUUACUUUAUCCACAAGGUGCUAAAGGAGCUUCACAACGGCACCGGGAUCUCGAGGAAGGCGAUGGAGAUCAUGAACAGCUUCAUGAACGACAUGUUCGGCCGCAUAGCUACCGAAGCCUCUCGCCUGACGAAGUACAACGGAAAACCGACGAUGACUUCGAGGGACGUUCAAACUGCAGCCAGACUCCUGUUGCCCGGAGAUUUGGGAAAAUACGCCCUUAUGGAGGGCGCAAAAGCUGUCACCAAGUUCAACGUCUCCAAGAACGGAUGCGCCGCUUAG